AAAAAUAAGUACUGUGUCACGUUUCCGUGAAUCAACUCGGAACUGAAAAAAAACAACAAUGAAUGUGACACGGUUUUAGAAGUUGAUGAUUACCUUAAAAUAUGCAGUAACAGUAUAUUGUACUAGUGAAAUAUUGAAAACUCAUUUGACAGCUGGUAUUGAGAACAAUUUAACAACAUGCCUCCCAAGUUUGCACGGAUGCCUGACCGUGCUGACUAUGCUUCUUCCAAAGACAAUGAAAGAGUAAGUUUGCUAGACGAUCAUGAUUCUGAUGAGGACUUUUUUCUCAGAGGACCUUCAGUGAACCCCAGCAAGCUUUGUUCAGACCCAAAACUUGCCAAACUCCAGAACCAGGUGGAUGAUGUGGUGGAUGUGAUGAAGAGUAAUGUCGGCAAGGUGCUGGAAAGAGGAGAGAAGUUGGAAGAUCUGCAGGACAAGUCUGACAGUUUAGCAGGAAACUCAGACAUGUUUCGUUCCCGAGCAAAGGGUCUUCACAGAACUAUGUAUUGGAAGAACUGCAGGAUGAAGCUCAUACUUGCCCUGAUUGUCGUCAUCUUACUAGCAGUAAUCAUCAUACCAAUUAUUAUCAAAACACAGCAGAACUAGUCACUGAAUGUGACACCAAGGUUAUUGGGGUUUGCAUACAGACUGGAGUCUGCAUGCAAGGAGUUACUAUGGUUUUUAUAUGCUAAUAUAGUGUCAUUGUGACUGCUGUUUAAAUCAUGUUAAUUCUUCAAGUUUUGUGCAGCUAUUGGGGAAAUUAAUGAAUAUUUGCAUAUUGAUCUUGGUGUUAUAAAAUUUAUAUAAAAUUUUGUAAAUGAAUAGUGCUGUUAAAUGGAAAACAUUAUGUACAUUUGAAUUUAUUCAACAUAACAAACAAAACAAAAACCUGACUUGUAUUAACUGGUCAUUUUACUAUUCUCCAAAAUCGUUGAAUGUAAAUUGACGUAUAUUAAGCAGCCAUCUGUCUUAAGAAGACAUUUCACCAUGAUUCCCAUAACUCAGAAUCUGUACUAAGCAUGCACCUGUCUUAAGAAACCAUUUUGUCAUUUACAUAGAUCAAAUGUAAUACAAAUUAAUCUGUAUUAAACAGCCACCUGUCUUAAGAGGCCUUUUUAUCAUUCUCCCAAAUCAAAUGUAAUACAAGGUACCUAUUAACUUGUAUUAAACAGCCACCUGGUUUAAGAGGCCAUUUUAUUAUUCUCCUAGAGUAUUGUUUUUGACCUGUAUUAAACAGCCACCUGUAUUAAGAGGCCAUUUUACUAUUCUAGAGUAUUGAAAAUACAUUGACCUGUAUUAAUCAACCACCUGUUUUGAGAGGCCAUUUUAUUAUUUCUCAAAGACCUAAUGUAAUACAUCUUGACCUGUAUUAAACAACCUCUUUAUAUAAGAGGUCAUUUCAUCAUUUGUCAAAGACAUAAUUAUGUAAUUCAUCUUGACCUGUAUUAAAGAGCCACCUGUUUUAAGAUGAAAUUUUAUUAAGCAGCCACUGUACAAAGAUGUUGUUUGCUCUAUUGGGUUGAGAUGGGAAAUACAUUUGUAGCUCAAUGGUCAAAGCACUUGAUGGGUCAUAGGAUUGAUUGACCUUGAUGGACUGAUUUUUCCCCCACCAUCUCAACCAGUGCAUAACAACUGGUCCAUUAAAGGUCAUGGUAUGUGCUGUCCCAUUCUGGAUUUUAAAAAUCUCUCACUCAUUUCCUGUAGUAGUAUUAAUGUCGACACCAAAUGUUCUUUUUCAUUUGUAGACCAAGUGUUGAAAUAACUAAUGGUUUAAAAUGAUCUAUUAUAGUAUUAAAAGAAAUAUUCCUUCACAUUCUUUUGGAUGGCUGUAUAACACAUGUUCAUCAACAUGUCAAUAAUGUGUGUUUAAUACAGGGAAAGUUCUCUAAACCGGACACCCUUGGGACCAAGUAAAACGUCCAGUGUUAAGAGGUAUCUGGUUUAAAGAGGUUUUCUUCUGUACAGAUAUUUAAAGGGGGGGGACAGGGGACAGCAAAACACGUCUUGUUUUGAGCAAAAUUUGAGGGAAUUCCAGUUUGCAGAGGGUCCGCUUUUGAGGGAAUUCCAGUUUGCAGAGGGUCUGGUUUUGAGGGAAUUCCAGUUUGCAGGGGGUCCGGUUUUGAGAGCUUCCACUAUACAUGAAUAUGUAAUAAAAGUUUAGGCUUCUGAAACUUGUGAUAAUGAUAGUCUCAUUCACGCAUUGCUCGCACAAAUCUAGCUUUGCAUAACCCAUGCUUUAUUUGAACAUUAAAUUUAGGCCAUCAUCUAUAAUAUGGUCAUUGAUAGAUUACUUAAAAAACAUUAAACGGAUUAGCUGAAUUUGUUUCUGCAUAACCCGUAAAUGGUUUAACUAGUGAAGUUGCAAUGAUCGAUUAUAAUCAAACAUUUAUCGGUUUGGUUUUACCGAUCUGAAGAUCGAUUAUAAAAAUAUUAAUUAUCGAUUGUGUGGGAAACUGUUAAACUGUAAUUGUUCCUUCAGUUUAAAUAAUGGAAAUUAUUUAAAUUGUUAGGGUUUGUGUUUGCUUUCAUGUGUACUGUAUAUAGGCGUCGGAAGAUGGCAGCAACUAGGGUGGGGGAGGCACUUAUUAAAUGCUAGUGCAUUUUGUGCAUAUUGUGGCCCUCCAGUAUCAGAGUUGGAGCCCCCCCCCCACCCCCACCCCCCGUUUCCGAUGCCUAUAAAUACAGUAAAUAGGUAUUAAAAGUAAAAUGAGCCAUUUGUGGUGUCUGUCUUGGUAAACACGACAAUUGGUGCAUGGUCCUUAUAAUUAAAAUCUUUGUUGUUUUCAUAUACAGUGGAGCUCUAAACCGGACACCCUUGGGAGCAAGUAAAACGUCCGGUUUUAAGAGGUAUCUGGUUUAGAGAGGCUCUCUUCUGCACAGAUAUUUAAAAAGGGACCAAGAAAAAACGUCCGGUUUUGUGGGAAUUCUGGUUUACAGAGGGUCCGGUUUUGAGAGGUUUCACUGUAAUUCUAACCAAUUAUGUAAUUAAAAGUUGAUCGGUUGGGGUGUAAAUCGAUUAUAUGCGAUGAUCGAUGAUCGAUGAUGGAAUUCUGAUUCACAACACUACAGUCAGUCCCACAGGAAUCGCAUUUUUUUCAUACUACAAAAUUUACUACAAGUUAUUUAUUUCCGAGCCAAUUGAUGUGUAAAUUGCCCACACAGAUUGUAUUUCUUUGUUAUUUCCAGACACUUUUACUUUUCUUCUUAUGUGAAACCAAACUGAAAUUAAAUACAAAAAACAUUUUUAUAGAAUGAUGGGACGAACUAUAGGUUUAACGCCAGUUUUCGAUGUUCGGAGGCCUGACGUUUAGUGAGUUCACUGUUUGUGGUAGUUGACACUGAAAAGAAUCACGGCACCACGUAAUGUCGAGCUCAAGCACUACACUGAAUUUGUGAGGGGGAUGUUUGUAGAUGUGGGUGUGGUUUGUGGGAAACGGUGCCUUCAAAAGCCAAAUUGUUAUGUUUUCUACAAGUUUUAGCCAUGGGGUGUGUGAGUAUUUCCUCACCUCGCACCCCUGGGGUGUGUGAGUAUUUCCUCACCUCGCACCCCUGGGGUGUGUGAGUAUUUCCUCACCUCGCACCCCUGGGGUGUGAGUAUUUCCUCACCUCGCACCCCUGGGGUGUGUGAGUAUUUCCUCACCUCGCACCCCUGGGUAUGGGUCUGAAUGUGAUUAUAUAGUUUAUAUUAUUCAUGAGCAUUGUUUAAGUGGGUCAUCAUUGAAAGAAAACUUUGUUGUAACCUUGCUCAGUGUUUUAGGAGUAGAUCAGUCAGAGCAAACAAAAUGAUUUUUCAAGGUCGCCAUGGAUGAUGUAAUUUUGUUGAUUCUUUGUAAAUAUUGUCAAUACAAAAUUAAAGUGUUAUUUAUUCUCAA